AUGUACAUAUACACAGACCAUCCACUAGACGCUCCUUCUGUGGAAGAACAAACCUGCAUCAACACUUCUCUGUUCCUCACUGAUCGCCCAAAUGUUUCCACUGUGCAUACACAACCCUUGUUACAAAGGUGCAAGGACAGGACAGAAGCCAUACUGUUUUACUCUACUGUGCAAUUCGUGAAUCUUUUCUUGGGAAGCUCAGCUAAUGUCAUGGUUUUGUGGCUCAUCGUCAAGGAAAAAAGGGGCUCCUCUGGCCCAGACGUCUUCAUCAUGCACUUAGCGAUCCUGGAUACUCUCUUCUGCCUCAUUGUGCCCUUAGAGUUCGCCAGCACCAUGUAUCUCACAACCAGUUGGAACUGGUAUGUUCUGAGGUUCUUCCACGGCAUUAAAGACUCAUCACCACUGUUCCUGUCCUGUGUUUGUCUUGACCGCUAUGUGGCCGUCAUGCGUCCGUUCACGCAUACUCGUCUGAAAGACAAGCCCCUUCGCUCGAUAUGCAUGGCAGUCAUAUGGACCGUCACUCUGCUUCAUGCAGCACUGUACAGUGCGGAAAAAAUCCCCGACAUACAUGCAAUUCUCAUGGUCACGAUGCUGGCAGCGUUAGUUUUUAUGAUGUUCUGUAACAUCUCCAUACUCUGGAUACUGAGGAGGUCUGUGCCAGGCCAGGACAACAUGCAUCCACAGAAGAAAGCCGCUUUCCAAAUGGUAUUUAUAAUCUUGGUAAUCACCCUCAUCAACUAUGUCCCACUUGUGGCACUAUUCCCCUUCAAGAAACAUUUUGACCAAGAUGUGUUCAAAUGCUACAUCCACUACAUUGCCUUUGGAUUCAAGAACCUUAGCAGCAGCAUUCAGCCAGUGCUUUACCUUUCCAAGAGAAAUAAACAUGAAUUGCCUGGCUACAAAUGCUGCUGUUCAACAGAGACAGUUAAUAAUAGCGAGCCAGCGUUGCUUGUUUUCACUGUAUUUAAAUAA